ACACACACACACACACACACACACACACACACACACACACACACACACACACACACACACCCGCGGACGGACGGCCAACAUGGCGUCAGACCCGCCCAUCUUUACAGAGCAGCAGGAGCUGCAGAGGAGAGCCAAUCAAGUCACAGAUGAGUCCCUGGAGAGCACAAGGCGGAUGAUGCAGCUGGUCGAGGAGAGUAAAGAUGCCGGGAUCAGAGCUGUGGUUAUGCUGGAUGAACAAGGAGAGCAGUUGGAGCGAGUAGAGGAGGGCUUGGAUCAGAUCAACUCUGAUAUGAAGGAGGCCGAGAAAAACCUGACCGACCUGGGCAAGUGCUGCGGCCUCUGCUCCUGUGAUAAGUAGACUGCGGCCUUUGAGGGGCGGAGUCCUAGGCGAUUGUAGGUGGGGCUCAGUCAGAUGGUUGUGUCCAAUCAGCCGCCGUCGUCUCGAGUCUUGGAUGAGAGGGAGCAAAUGAUCAUGAGCGGAGGAUACAUACGGAGGGUGACUAACGAUGCCCGCGAGGACGAGAUGGAGGAGAACCUCACUCACGUCGGCAGCAUCAUCGGGAACCUGAAGAGCAUGGCCCUGGACAUGGGCAACGAGAUCGACACGCAGAACGUCCAGAUCGAACGCAUACAGGGAAAGGCUAUUCUCAACGUGUCCCGCAUCGACGCUGCCAACCAGAAAGCCAACAACCUCAUGAAACGAUAGAAGGAGCCACUCUUCCAUUUUCUACUCUUUUUCUACUAAUUCAUCCUACUUGUAAUUACGUUGCUUUUGCAUGCUGUGCCACCAGUUAGUCUCUGCUUUAAAUAGGUCAUUUUUGUUGAUAGUUUUUUGAUAUUCCUGUAGGGACUUCAACCCUUGUGUUGUCUUCGGGUCACAUUUGACCCGUUUUCAAAAUUCCUAUAUCAGAAAUAUGGGUUUUUCAUUUUGACUACCCAAUUUGGAUUACCCAAAGAUAACACGGAGGAUUCCAUACAACGACGCGCCUCGCAAGUACAACAAAAGAUCGGAUCUCUACUUUUGUUGAAUUUUGGGUGUUUUAUUUGGGUGUAAUAUUUUAGCAUUUGAAUUUUUUUUUUUAUGUUUCAAAACCAUAUCCUAACUGAACGUUGACAUAUACCCUUCUGUGUUUAUCUUCCUUUAAUAUUAUUCGAAAUAAUUCAUAAUUUCUGCUUUUUUAACUCAAGAAUAAGUUAUAAUUUCCUAUAAAUGAGGUUUAUUGACCAUGAAUUCCAUAAAUAAGUAUAAAACCAGUGGUAAUAAGUUAGUGUUAGUGGUGUUUAUACAUCAAUCCAUCAAUCAAUCAAACUAUUUCUGUAGCACAUUUCAUACAAAUUAAUGUAACACAAUGUGCUUUGUACAAAAGCGACAUAAAAUAAAAUUAUACAGAGUAAAAUAUAUACAAAACAUGUAUCGCACACACACACACACACACACCAAAGAUCAACAUAGAACACCGACAAACUCAGUUAUGACUCAGUCAUAGACUUUUGUAAAAAGCAGGGGGUAACACUUUACUUGAAGGUAUCGACAUAAUCGUGCCAAGACACUGUCAUGA